AUGUUGGUUCGGUUGGUGCAGCUUGACGUCAAGAAAUGUGAGAGAAACCUGACUAAGAGUGGUGGUUUUUACUCAGGGCAUUCCGGUUCCCCCUCCACGUACUCUGGUUCCUCCUCCACCUACUCUGGUUCCCCCCUCCUCCACCUACUCUGGUUCCCCCCCUCCACCUACUCUGGUUCCUCCCUCCACCUACUCUGGUUCCCCCUCCACCUACACUGGUUCCCCCCUCCACCUACUCUGGUUCCCCCUCCACCCGCUCUGGUUCCCCCCUUACCCACUCUGGUCCCCCUCCAGCCACUCUGGUUCCUCCCACACCCCCUACCCACUCUGAUCCACCCCCAUCCACCCACUCUGGUUCCCCCUUCCACGCACUCUGGUUCCCCCUCCACCCACUCUGAUCCACCCCAUCCACCUACUCUGGUUCCCCCUUCCACCCACUCUGGUUCCCCCUCCACCUACUCUGGUCCCCCCUCUGCCUACUCUGGUUCCUCCUCCACCCACUCUGGUUCCCCCUCUGCCUACUCUGGUUCCCCCUGCACCCACUCUGGUCCCCCUUCACUUACUCUGGUCCCCUCCCCCCCUCCUCUACCUAAUCUGGUUCCCCCUCCACCCACUCUGAUCCAUCGCCAUUCACCCCCUCUGGUUCCCCCUUCCACCUACUGUGGUUCGCCUCUCUUCUCACUGUGGUGCCCCCUCCACUCACUAUGGUUCCUCCCUCCAUCCACUGUGGAUCCUCCCCUCACCCACUGUGUUUUCCCUCCAACCAUGCUGGUUUCCUCUUCCAGGGUCCUACUCUGGGUCCAUAAUCCACCUACCCUGGGUCCACAAUCCACCCACUCUGGAUCCCCCUUCCACUUACUGUGGUUAGCCCCUCCACCCACUGUGGUUUCCCUCUCCACCAACUCUGGGUCCACAAUCCACCCACUUUGGUUUGCCCCUCCAUUCACUGUGGUGCCCCGCCAACCACUGUGGUUUCCCCUCCAUCAGCUGUAG